AUGGUUGCAUUUAGCGCGUUCGGAUGGAGUGCCCGAGGAUCUGAUCAUGGGACUCCCGGCCGAGCUGACUUUGCGGUGACCGCGCGCUGUGCGGACCGAUGCCUUGACUCCUCUUGCAGCCGCCUCUUUGGGCCCAACGAGAAGUCUCGCUGCAGUGGCUGCGGCUUCUUCUUUUGCCCACGGCAUUUAAAAGGUCCCUGGUACGUGAACUACUUCGGGAACGGCACGCCGCUCCUGGAGACCCACCUGCCCAAGCCCGGUCAGGUCUUCCUGUGCAGCUCGUGUCACCAACGGCUGCCCUUGGGUGAAAAGGGUUUCGAGCCACAGCACUUGGCGCUGGAAGUACAGAUGAUGAAGGUGCAGCUGUUUAUUUUUUCUGUGCCACGUGGCAUUCCGUUUCCCUUAGUCCGCAGCGCUGCCCGCGCACUGCUGCUGCGGCUGCUGGAGCAGUUGCGGCACGGCUCGCGGAACUGGAGUGAGGCUGAGAAGGAAUGGGCUACUUGGUGCGAUGGACACGGCGCGAUGCUGGACACGGCGAGGUUAACGCAGCUCUUUCGUCAGACUCAAUGGACGAAGGAGGAGACCACCCUUUGUCUCGAUCUUUUAGCUGAUGUUGCCCUGGUGCAUUUGGAUGACACUUGCUGGGAGGCCUUGCAGAUCUUGUCCUUGCUGGGCCGCUCCGCUGGGCCCGCGUGCAAGCUGUGCCCUGGACGCAACGGAAAGACGAAGCUGGGUGCCGGUGGGGAGCGGAAGGUGGGGCUGGCUGCGGUGCAUGCGGCCGAAGCACUCAAGGCGUUGAAUCCUACGGAGAUCACCUGCUGCCUGGAGCUCCUCUUGGACACUGCUCAAGAAUUUGCCAAUAGCGACUGUCAAGGCGGCUGUCGGGCGGUCCUGAGCGCCUUGAGGUAUUUCUGGGCGCUGGAAACACGUGUCCAGGCACUCGCCCACUAUCGACAGCGCGGAAUCGACCCCUGGCCAUUGGUCGACGGGGCGGAAGUGGAGGCGGAGCUGGGAUUGUUGCGACAGCACGCCUGGGUGAGACAUAUGGAGCGUGGAGAUUAUGAGUGCUGCAAGCAUGAGCCGGCGUGGGGUGAGGACCGAAGCUUUCCCUUGGCCGUUUGGCCUCCGUAUCGCACCUGCGCCGGACUUGAGACGGCGCCGCGGAAGGCAGAGAGCAAGUCGGCUCCGUUGAUCGUGCGCUGCCGCUAUCGGGACGAGCCCUCGCGGGGGAGGCUUGAACUGAUCAGGAAGACAAAGUCAGGCAAGGUGAAGCUCCCUGAGCGGAGGAAGACCAGCGGAGUUUUGCUGAAGAAAGAUCCUGACAUGCACAAGGAGCAGCAGGUGGGGCAGACCUUAAGACUGCUGGAGAUCCUCAUCUGGAAGGAUCCCAAGUUGCAGGAGUUGCUGAAUAGCGAGGGCCUCAGCUUCGAAGAUGUCCGGGCGACCUACAUCAUUGCUAUGACUGGGCCCAACACUGCGAUGUUGGAGUUCAUUGAUGGAGCGCGGACCUUGAAGUAUGUGCGCUCCGGGCGGCUGGAUGGAGGAUCUGCGCCCUUUGGGCCCAAGUACUUCAUGACCAAUGGGGAGAAGGGCACUUUGAAGACGUUUUUGCGUCUCAACAACAAUCGCGAUGAUUUUGCCAAAUCCUUGGCACGCUUAGCCUUCACCUCAGCCAUCUCGGCGGUUCUCAGCUUCGUGGCUGGGCUUGGGGAUCGUCAUCAUGAGAACUUCAUGGUCACCGUCGAUGGGCGCUUGGUGCACGUGGAUUUUGGCUAUGCUCUUGGAAAGGAGCCAUUGGAUUCGAUGCUGAUUCACUUCGCCGUUCAAGGUGGCCGCCCGGCGACCACCAUCCAAUACGACGAGCUCAUCGAGGCCGUCACGGACGAGCUCAUGGAGCGGAUCUUUUGGCCGGUGCCCGUGGCGGUCCGCGUUGUCGACGGGUGA